AUGAAUCUACCGGAUAUUAAUCCGAAUUUACCAUGUUUACGUCCAUUGACACAUUCGCGUAUAGGAACACGACGAUUAUCAUGUAGUACUGGCUCUAAAAGUCCUCAUUCAUCAUCUACAUCAUCUUCAACACAAUUAAAAAAUUUACAUCCAAUACCAGUACUUAUACAAUUAUGUAUUUAUCCUGAUGAAGAUUAUGCAUAUCAAACCAUGAAACUUUUAUUUUCAUCACGUUAUCAUUAUUCACCAAAUGUAUGUGAUGAAUUUGGUUGUAAUGUUCUUAUGUAUACACUUCGUUAUCAACGUUAUAAAUUAUUUGAUUUUUUAUUAAAUGAAACAUCAUUAGAUCUUAAUCUUCGAUCGAAAGAUCAACAAGGUAAUACAAUUCUUCAUUAUGUUGUUAUUUAUGGAAAAGAUGAUACGACAAUUAUGAAUAUUUUAAUUGAGAAAUUUAUUAAAUUUGGUAUUGAUAUUGAUGAACGAAAUGUUUUUGGAUUUACACCAUUACUCUUUGCGAUGUUUUGUGGACGAUAUGACCUUGUUUUGACUUUAUUAACUAGAACAGAUGCAUCACCAUUUGUUCGGGAUUAUAUUCAAUUAACAAAUAUGCUUGGUUAUAUUGAAAUCGAUGCAAAACAUAAAGAAUUUUUAAAAACGAUUCAAAAUAAUCGUUUAUAUUCUCAAGAUCAUUGUUUGACUCGUGAAUCAGCUCGUUUCCAUAUACAGCUUCAUAAAACUCUUCCUCCUCGAUCAGAAUCUCCACAUCAAACAGUUCAACAUCACUCUUAUAUGAACUUUUUUGAAAAUGUUUUUCCACAAGCUGUACAAGAUCGUUCAGGAUCGAUUCGUUCAUUAAUUUUAAAAAUGCUUGAUAAAAAACAUUUAUCAUCAGAUUUAACACGUCUUAUUCAAUAUAUAAAUCAACGUUAUCCACGUAUAAAUCCUCUAAGAAAAUCUGCCACUUUUCGAAAUCCUACGACAACAAAAAUUUCUUUUCAAUGUGAAAAUUCUAAAACUAAUGUUCAUAAUAUUUUCAAUUUAUUUGAUCCAGAUUUAAGACCUAAAGCAGGAAUACCAAAAUUAAUAACAGCAGAACAUUUACAACAUGGUAAAACACCAAAUACAUUCAAACGCUUAGGCACUAAACUAACUGUACUUGCUGCUCUUUCUCGAUCUCAAACUGUGAUGCAUUCGAUAAACUCCUCACAUCGUGCAUCGGGAGAAAUUCCGUCGUCGAUGUCAUUGAGAGAAACACAUAUUUAUGAUAUCAAUAGUCUGUCGGACAAGGACAAAUUCAAAUUAUUAUCUGCUAAAGCUCUUGAUUAUAUUGAUCAGCACUGUGUCGUAUCGAUUCGUCUCGAUGGUACUUAUAUUCCACCGGAAUUACGACAAUUGCUUGAUCAUAAACGUCCACUUCAUUUAAAUGUUACAACUCAAGAUGCAUUUUCAUUUGAAACAUUUAAACGAUGUGUAACAACAUAUUUAUCAAGAGAACGAGAAUGUGACGAAAAUAAUAGUGGACAAGGAAAUUGGAGUAUUAUCGAUCAAGGAUAUCAAACAACAAUAAUUAUUGGAUAUGUAUUUGAUGGUAUUAAAGGAUAUAAUGUAUCGAAUUAUGUCUUUGAAAAUUUAGCUUAUUUUAUUCGAUGUCUUCGACAACAAUAUCGAUGUAUGGUUACACUUUCAUGUGAAUCACCAGUUGUCAAAUUAUCAUCAAAAUUAACAGUGUCGAUAACACAUGAAUCACCAAUCAUUCGUCAUUUAGCAGCAACUUAUAUGCAAAAAUCAAUGAUAUCUGCAGUAACACAAUGUGAAAUGUAUCAUGUUAAUCUUAUAUUACAUCAAAGUAAAUUUAAAUCUUUAGUUUAA